AUGCCAGUGGUACGGAAUCCAUUGUCUACACCGCUACAACAAGGCCCUGUGACCUCAAUGCAGCAGGCGUGGUCUGAAGCUAAGCUUGCGCUCAAUCAACAGUGGCUCGAGUUGUUACAGGAGAUGGGAUUGGCUAGUGGUUUGGUGCAAUCAACUGCCAUGUCCAACCAUGUGGAUGACCAUAGGCUUCGUGUCAUCUCCAAGUUUGCUCCAACAACUUUGCAAUCCUUUUUUCGCAUUUGGAAGAGGUGGCAUGAUUUUGCUCGUCAGUUGGCUGUGUGCCCUUUUCAGCCGGAUGCUGCAUUUUUGGCCGAUUUCCUGGCGGAGCAUGCACAUGGACCUCUAGGGGUGGCCACUGCAUACCACAAGGGCUUGACAUGGAUGGCGAGACAUGCACAGCUGACUGAGUUGUUUCAGGCCUUUCAGCCAUCCGUGUGCAAGGCCUACUUGCACUCCGCUGUCAUCAGGGAGAAGCGCGAGUCGGUUUGGCUCAAUGUUGUUCAGCAAGCUUUGCAUGACACACAGCAGUUCUUUCCUACAUUUGCUGUGGAUUUCUUGCUGACGGAAGUUGGGCCAGACAUGGCGAAGCCCAUUUUUCUGCGUCCAAUGCGACGCGACAGAGGUUUGCAAUUGUUGCGCUACCGGCUGUGCAAGUGCCAUGAAUCUCAUCAGGUGCAGGCCCAGCCUUCUGAUUUCCACCUUUUGGGAACACACUCUUGCAAAACAACAUUGCUUUGCUGGGCCCAACAACUGCAACUGCCUUUGGAACAAAGACAACUUCAGGGUCACCACAGAUCUGCAAUCAAUGGAUCAGUGGCCUUGUACAGCCGCAAUGACACUUUGCCGGCCUUAUUACUUCAGUGCACUGUGGCUCAACGCAUUGCAGAAGGAUUCAGACCGCUCAGACCUAUGCUGCGGGGAGGGUCACCCUCACUACCGGAUUUUGCGAUCCAAUUGCCACCGUGGAAACCAUUGAACUUUCAAGUGGAACCUCAACCUGCCGUGGCUGACCAGAUGCCAGCGCGUGCUAGUGAACCUGUGGAUCACCAGGCUCAGUCAUAUGCUGAGGAUUCGGAAGCAUCGGAGGAGUCAGCCAUGGAGGAGGAUCUUCCGACCAAACUUGCUGAGGCCCCAGAGGAAAUGGUUUUUCUGGUGAAUCCUGUGCCCAAAGUGGCCCAUCUGGCGAUUCAGUGUGACAGCUCUGACCGAGCCAAGUGUUAUGAGGACACUUACUUGCAGGUAUUUCGAACUGGAUGUGGGCUCGCCCCAAUGCAAUUUCCGGUGACUUGCAGUUCACCCAUUGUCUACCUGUAG